AUGCUGAUUAACUUGAUUUGUCGAGAUCGCCAUAUAAAAGAUCCUACAUCAAGUUCCCUCCGCUCCAUCCGAAUGACGAUCCUAAAACCAUCGUCCGAACAGAAAGAGAAAGAUGUCCAAUUUGCUCCUAUGUUUAAAACUGAAAAACUCCUUGCUCUAGUUGACACCUUGCUGGAAGAAAUCGACUUGCUAGAUGAAGGUCUAGUCUCUGAACCAGAACUUGCAUACAUCUACAUGAAUAAGAAUUCAGAGAAGAAAGAAUUCUUUAGAGCUUGGCAAAGGCACUUGGUUCAUACAAGUGUGAUUGAGAAGAUCAUUGCCAAGAUACUCAAGUCUGAAGGUUCCAAGCAAGUGAAGGAGCAGUUGAUCAAACAAAUCGUGUGA